AUGUUUCUUUCUAGCUCUGAUUCCAGCAUAUUUAGUGAUAAUGACAGUACUAGUAGUAAUAAAAAUGAAUACGCUUUUAACUCAGAAGAAAAUAUAAAAAAUGUAAAAAGUUUUAAUAAAAUAAUUAUAAAAUUGUUUUUAAAAAAUAGAAAAUAUUACGAACAAAUAAAACACAUAGCUCUCACAUAUUUAAGUAAAAUAGAAGAUAUUGAAUUUUAUAGUGUUCAAAAAAUUGAUAAAGGAAGGAAUGAGCACAUACACAAUUUUUACUUUGAUACAUAUGAUGCAAUUGAAUAUGGAGAAAAUGAAUUAAUAUAUUAUAUGCAAAAUAGUUUUCAUAAAUUUAUUGAUGUAAUAAAUAACUACUCAAUUCCAUUUUUCUUUAGAUUAAUCUUUAUAAAUUGUUAUUUUGAAUUUCUUCAUAAUGAAGAAUUAAAAAAAAAAUACAAUUAUGAAUUUAAUAAUAAAUACAACUUAUCGUCUAUUAAUGAUAGUAGUAAAGAGAUUGACUCUAUUACAAGAACAUACGAUAAUUUUUUAAGUAACAAUGAAUAUGAAGAAAAUUAUAUCUUUAACGGAAACAAAGAGAAAAAACUUGUACAUGAAGAUAAAAAUAAGUAUGAAUAUAAGGAUGAAAAUGGAAAUAUGGAUAACUAUAAAGAUGAAUCUGAAAAUGACGAUGAAAAAAAAAAAAGAAAAAAAAAAAAAGAUGAUAUUUUUUUUUAUGAUUUUAUAGAUUAUGAUUUUAAUAAAGAUAAAAAGGUUUUGGAAGAAAUUGAUAUGUACAGUGCAUGCUUAAUUAAAGGACUUUUAUAUUCAUAUAAACAUUCUUCUUUUUUAAAAGAUUUAAAUAUAAAAUUAAAAGUAAAUAACUGUUUAAAAAUUAUAUUUGACAAACACAAUAUAAAAAUUAAGUGCCGGGUAAUAAAUAUCCCAUAUAUUCAUGAUAUUUAUGUAAAUUAUUUACAAGAAAUAGAAAAUAAACAUAUUGGUAAGUUUAUAAGUAUUGAGGGAAUAAUUACAAGAGUUGGAGAAAAGAAAAUAUUAGAAGAAUGUAAAAAAUACAGAUGUAUGAAAUGUGAUAAUAUAAUUCAAAAAAAGGCUAUACCAGAAAUGUAUUAUAACACUCAGACAAUAUUUGUAUGCCCCAAUUAUUAUAUUAAUACUAACAUACCUUAUGAAGAGAGUGAAUUAAUUCCAAAAAAAAUGAACAAAAGGUAUCAAAAAAAAAAUUAUAUGAGAGAUACUAAAAAUAAUAAGUAUCCAUUCAAGAAAAAAUGCAAUGGCACAAAUUUUGAACUAAUAGAAAGUGAAAUUAGAAGAGUAGAUUAUCAAGAGAUAAAAAUAAGGGAAACAAGUAAAACAAAUAUACCACACUCAAUAACAGUGGUGCUUUUAGAAAAUCUCGUAGGUAGGUAUAAUCCAGGAAAAAAAGUAAUUAUCAAUGGAAUAGUUCUAAGAAGAUGGAAAAAAAUGUACAAAGAUAUCAGAUGUGAAGCUGAAUUAUUUAUUGAAGCUAAUAAUAUUGAAAUUAAAAAAUUGGAAAAUAUAAAAUGCAAAGAAAUAUCUUUAGAUGAUGACUUUGCUAAAAGAAUAAAUAUAAUAAAUAAAGCUUGUAUAGAUGAUGGAAUAACAAACUUAAAUAGAGAAGAAAAAUACUUAGAAAAUUUCCUAGAAAAAAAUAGCCUCUCAAAUAACGUGAACGAGAGCAAAAAUAAUCCUUCUCUAAAUGAAAAAAAUAUGUAUAUUUCUGAUUUUAAUAUUCCAGUAAAUAAUGUGGAAAAACUUUUUGAAAGAUAUUGGUUACUUUUUAAAAAUAAUAAAAUAGAAGGAAAAAGAUAUAUAUGCGAAAGUAUAUGCCCCAAUUUAUAUAAUUGUAAAUUAUCAAAAAUGUCCCUCCUUUUAGUUUUAAUAGGUGGAAAUAAAACAAAUGAAUAUGAUUCUUUCUAUAAUGAAAAUAAUAAAUGGAAAAAAUAUUUUGAUAAGAAUUAUGAGAAUAAAAAUAAUUAUAUGGAAAUUGAUAAAAAUUCCAUUUAUGAAAAUUUAUGUAAACGUAAAAUAGAGAAAAACAAUAAAAAAAAAAAAAAACAUAAAAAAAGAAAAGGGAAAAUUUCACAAGACAAUUAUGAUAAAAGAACUCUGUGUCAUUUACUACUGGUUGGAGAUCCUGGAACAGGAAAAUCUCAAUUAUUAAAAGAAGUGCAAAAAUUAAGUAAUAUUUGUAUGAACGUAUCAGGCAUGUUUUGUACUACUGCAGGAUUAACAUGUGCAGCAAUAAAAGAAGGAAAUACCUUUAUGUUAGAAAGUGGAGCUUUAGUUUUAGCUGAUAAUGGUGUAUGUUGUAUUGAUGAAUUCUGCUUAAUGAAAAAUGAAAAUAAAAAUGCUAUUCACGAAGCAAUGGAGCAGUUAACCAUAUCUGUUGCAAAAGGUGGGAUAGUUGAUAAACUAAAUUGUAGGUGUACCAUUAUUGGUGCAUCAAAUUUCGAGUUAAAUAGAAACGUGAAAGGAAAUAUAGCUAGCAGUGAAAAUAAAGUGCUUAUUCUUAAUCUUUCUUAUGCUUUAUUAAGUAGAUUUGACUUAGUAGUUAUAACAGAAGAUAAUAAUAAGAUAGAUUCAAAAGUUGCUGAUUAUGUAUUAUCACAAGACUUUGAAACAAAUACACGUAAUCACAUUAAUGAAAAUACAAUGAAAAAAAAAGAUACUGGAUGUUAUAUUCAUGAAGAAAAUAAAAACAGCUUAUCGAAAUUAUCUUAUUCUAUGAAUAAUCCUGAACUUAAUAGUUAUUAUUCUUCUUUUUCUUCUCAACAUAGCAAUAGAAAAAUUAUAUGGCCAUGUGAAAAAAUUAAAGAAUACAUUUACUAUGUAAAAAAUAGUUUCUUUCCUAAUUUUGAUAAAAAUGCUAAGUUAAUUUUAAUUACUUAUUAUUCUAAUUUAAGAAAAUACAAUGAUGGUGAUAAUGGGACAACAAUAAGAACAAUGGAAAGUUUGAUUAGAUUAAGUGAAGCACAUUCAAAAUUAAUAUUUAACAAUUCAGUUUUUGCAGAUGAUGUUAUAAAUAUAAUUUUGUUAGUGGAAUUUAGUUUAAGAGGUUAUCAAAUAGCUAUUAAAACAAAUUCAAAUAAUAUUUUAAUAGCUAGAACUGGGAUUAUUGAAAACUUGAAUGAAUUAUUAGAAACUUAUAAUAAAAAUAGUAAUAAUUUUCAUUCUUUAGAUGAUGUUUUGUUCAAUAAUUCUUUAUAUACUUAUUUUAAAAAAAUUCUUUUAGAAAAAUUAAAUUUAAAAGAAACAAAUGGAAAUAUUCAUAAAAUAGAAUAA